AUGGUACGAGAUACUGAGAGCGCCUGGAUCAAGGCGCAAGACACCUACCUGGCAUCCCUUACGCCAAGCCAAAUUCGAAGUAUUCGAAGUAUAACUACACAAAGUGAGCUCUUAAAUACAACCAAGGAAUAUCGCCGGAGGUACAGCUCAGGGGGGUUUGCGAAGCUCCUAGAUCGAGUCAAUCCUUUCCUAGCACAAUUAACCUCUUUUUCCAACAUUAUCAAGAUAUUUGUUUCCUCUGACCCAAACUUUGCCGCCCUGGUCUGGGGAUCAGUGGCUCUCGUCUUGGAGAAAUGUUUGCCACGUUUUCAUCUGUACCUAGCAGAGUAUGGAUCCAGACCGCUCACGGAGAGUUUGAAAACAGGUUUGGUUCAGUAUUAUACAGAGCUCAUCGGACUUUGCCAGGACUUGGUAUCUAUUCUAAGCAACUCUGCCAUAAAGAACUUCUUCCUAGCGGCAUAUCCCUGUCGAGCUUUCCAUCGGAAUUCGGAGGCGAGGCUACACCGCCUUGAGGACCUCCGCUCGUGGGUUGACAUCGAAGCGGCAAUUGCUGCCCAAGCAGAACGAAAAUCCGAACAUCAAGAGUUGCUGAAAUUGGUGAAGCCCUUAAGGAUGGUGUCAGUACCAGACUGCUUUCAGAAUCUGCCCCACAUUCGAAACACCAAAUUUUACGGCCGCGAACCCGAGCUGCAACGCCUAAGCACUCAUCUGCUGCAACCACAACAGCACCCUUCCACCCUCCUUGCUUGUGGACUUUAUGGCAUUGGAGGCUCUGGUAAGUCUCAACUUGCCCUUGAAUUUGCAUACCGCAAUCUGGCCUGUUACAAUGCAGUUUUCUGGAUAUCUGGUGAAACAGAAUUGAAGCUGGCAGAAUCCUUCGCAGCUCCGGCCUUUGCAUUGGGAGUAGCAGGUGAAUAUAUGCAGCAAUUGACCCAGGUUCGGGAUAUAUUUAAGGAUUGGCUCUAUUCUAGCAGUCGUGAAGCUAUACGCCCUAUGCGCUGGUUGCUGGUCUUUGACAAUGUCGAAGAUCCUGUCUUAUUGAAUCCUUACUGGCCAAAGGGUGCCAAGGGGACUAUUAUCGUCACGACACGGAAUACGGAAGUUGCUCGGCUGUAUCCUGCAUUCAAAAUAGAAGUUCAACCGUUCAGCAAUGUGGAUAGCCGUAAAUUUUUGAUCAAAAUCGUCUAUGAAGAUGCCGAAGAAGAUUACGAUCCGAACAGCGCUGAUAUUGCCUCGGCAGAUCAUGUUGCAAGUGCGUUAGGACAUUUACCCCUAGCUCUUGAUCUGGUUGGAAGCUAUACUGCUUCACGUGGCAUGACACUUCCAAGGUUUCAAGAAGUACAUGGCGAAUACGAUCGCAAGUUCAUCUUUCAGAAUCCUGCCAGUCUCCAUUGGGAUGCUCAGGCCUACCAGAGGUCUCUUAACUCUACCUUUACUUUCAAUCUAGAGUUCAUGGAUUCCAGUACCCGACUUCUCAUUGAUCUAGUGGCAUUCCUGGACCCUGAUGGUGUCCCCACACCAUUAUUUCACCCCAAGCUACGAGAGCGAAAAACUUAUAAUUUGGAUUUCAAUUUGCCGAUACCACAGGCUCUCCUGUCAAGUCCGUUGGAGGAACCGGCAACCCUAGAACAAGCAAUAUCAUAUCUUAGGCAGGCGUCUCUUAUAAAGCGGAGUCAAUUGAAAGACCGACUUAUUUGCCAUCGCUUAGUUCAGACAUCGAUUCUCAACGCCAUGCCUUCAGCAAGAAAAACAGAAUGCUUCCAACGUGCGGUUUUCUUGCUCAAUGCCAGUUUCCCCGAGCAAAUUAACGGAGUCGCGUUGUGGAAUCAGUGGCGAGAUUGUGAAGACUACAACAUGCAUGUUUCUUCUCUGCUAGAGAAAUAUUUGUGGUACAAAGAAAACCUCGACCCUCCAAUACUUCUUUGUGAGAUUGCGCGUCGGUGUACAUGGUUCCUUUAUGAGAGAGCUCAAUAUAGAGAUGCCGAGGUCAUACUUGAUCGCGCUUGCUCUAUACUAGAGGAAGCUAUGACUAGAAAUGUACACCCUGGAUUUGGAAAGUAUUACGUAGCGUGGCUGACGUCUGAUCUCUACAAUACUCGGGGCGCUAUAGCAUAUGAGAAAAAUGGCAAAGAUCAUGGCCUACACUGGUUCGAGAAGACUAAAGCCCUCAGACAAAGUGUUUCCCGGCCUGGGAACAUAUAUGAUGAUCUCUGGAUCAUGCUAUCUGACGGAAACAUUGCCAACUCCCUGAUAUCAGCAGGGCGUCCUGAAGAAGCCCUCCCUCUGCUCGAAGAGUUGAUCGCAUCAACCGCGUUCGAAGAUAACAAAGAUCUUUAUUUUGCCAAUAUUUGUUGCUGUUACCAGGAAGUCGGGAAGUUGGACGAAGCAAUAGAGGUUGGUAAAAAGGCCCUCGAGCUAACUGUGAAAAAUCACGGAUCACAAAGUCUUAAAGCAGCCAUCGACUACUUCAACAUCGGCAGUGCAUAUCUCAAGCAAGGCAAACACGAGAAAGCCUUUGAUAAAUUGUUCGAUUGUCUCAAGAUUCGACAAUCCCAAAUGCCGACACACUACUAUACAGGUCUCACCAACCACAAAAUAGGGGUGAUCAUGAGAGAGAGGGGGGAUUUAGACUUAGCUAUCACCUUCUUCCGCGAAGCUCUUCGGAUAUUACGCCAAAGCGAAUUACAGGCCGGGGCCUGCGCACGUACUUCCUUCGCCUUAGCCACAGUGCUGGAUUUGACGGGAGAUUUCGAGGGCGCUUUAAAUGCUCGGGAGUUCGGUGAGAGCCAGAUAUUACAGCUUCCCGAUAUAGUCGAGGAGGAGAGGAAGAAGUUGGAUCGCAGAGAAGUCGAGUUUGACAAAUUUGUACUCUUUUGCCAUCGAUAAAGAGAACCCUAGUUCUAUUAGACUGAACACUAACUUCCCCAAAUUAAGCAAGAAAAGGGGAUGCAACCUGAAGACAAGAAAGAUGGUCUAAAUAAAGUAUUGCAGACUUACAUUUAUGCCACUUGGGUGUCGGAGAAGUUGGCCCAUAUAGUUUAGGGUUCAGUGUUAAAAGUCGGUGUGCUCUAAAUUGUACUGUAC